CUCAGAGCUCCUCUUGCGCACGGAUUCUCCUCUUCCCAAGAUCAGUCCACCCGGGGAUCCGGCCUUUAACUUUUCUGGACUGCGGAGGGAUUACAGAUUAGGAUCUGGAACAGGCGUUGCAUAAUUAACUCCACCGCGAGGAACCGAGUUAUUCCUCAGUCGCGGUCGGAGAGGUGGCACAACGUGGGCGGCGCGUCGAGGGGACGGAUCUGCUCCACCACAGCGGCUCCGCGGCAGAAGCCGGACGUGAAGCAGCGGGACACGACGGCGUGACUUGCCCAGCAAACCAUGCGUGUAAACGGCUGCUCGGUUCGGGGCCACACUUGACGGGUCUGGCGGAUGGUGCGCGUCUCUCCAGGGUGGAUUCAGUCGUCAGUCCGGGAACACAAACUGACGGAGUAUUGACGAGAAACGGAGCCGUGCGGGGAGGUCAGCUCAUCACCUGAAGACCAGCUGACCGCUUUCUGCUCGUAGACUCCCGGUUCAGUUAUGUUAAUGGAUCAUAACCCCUGACAUCACGGCUCAUCUGGAGACCAACAGAAACACGUUGCCUUUGCGCAGUUAAACUCUGCUGAACAGCGGAUAAAAACGCCGUCUUCAGCUCUUGAAGGAGCCAUCUAAAGCCACACAUGAAGAUUAUGUGAACGGCACAGAUCUGGAAAUGCGUCGCAAACGCUUGUGUCUGCUUGAGGUGUGUGUCAUCGUAAGCCUCCUGCCUGCGGCCUCUGUGGCGGAUCUGACAUGUGAAGCUCUGCUCAUGCUGUCAGGGAACGUCUCACUACAGUCCCUGGCCUCCGCCUGGAACCAGACCCUGAGCAAUGCCACGGGUCAGUGGAGCGGCCCGGGACUCUACUGCGACACCUCCAUCGAUGGCAUCGGCACCUGCUGGCCCAGGAGCAGCGCCGGCCAGAUGGUGUCGCGACCCUGUCCAGAGAUGUUCUACGGAGUCCGAUACAACACCACCAAUAAUGUUUAUAGGAAAUGUCUUGCAAAUGGGACCUGGGCGCUGAAGGGGAACUACUCCAUGUGUAAGGCCAUACUUCACGAGGAGAAAAAAAGCAAGAUGCACUACCAAAUAGCUGUGAUCAUAAACUUCCUGGGUCACUGCAUCUCCAUGGUGGCCUUGCUCAUAGCCUUCUUCCUCUUCUUGUGUCUGAGGAGCAUCCGCUGCCUGAGAAACAUCAUCCACUGGAACCUCAUCACCGCCUUCAUCCUGAGGAACGCCACCUGGUUCAUCGUCCAGCUGACCAUGAGUCCCCAGGUGCAUGAAAGCAACGUGGUUUGGUGUCGCCUCGUCACCGCCUCCUUCAACUAUUUCCACUCCACAAACUUCUUCUGGAUGUUUGGCGAGGGCUGCUACCUGCACACGGCCAUCGUCCUCACCUACUCCACCGACAAGCUGCGCAAGUGGAUGUUCAUCUGCAUCGGCUGGUGUAUACCAUUCCCCAUCAUUGUGGCCUGGGCCAUUGGGAAGCUGUACUACGACAACGAGAAGUGCUGGUUUGGCAAGCGAGCUGGCAUGUACACAGACUACAUCUACCAAGGCCCCAUGAUUCUUGUGUUGGUGAUCAAUUUCAUUUUCCUCUUCAACAUCGUGAGAAUCCUGAUGACCAAACUGCGAGCGUCUACCACUUCAGAGACAAUCCAGUACAGGAAAGCUGUGAAGGCCACGCUGGUCCUUCUCCCUCUCCUGGGAAUCACCUACAUGCUGUUCUUUGUCAACCCGGGGGAAGACGAGAUCUCUCAAAUCGUCUUCAUAUAUUUCAACUCAUUCCUGGAGUCCUUCCAGGGCUUCUUUGUGUCAGUAUUUUACUGCUUCCUAAACAGUGAGGUGCGCUCAGCCGUGAGGAAGCGGUUCCAUCGCUGGCAGGAGCAGCACUCCAUCCGAGCCAGGAUGACCCAGGCUAUGUCCAUCCCCACUUCACCUUCACGGGUCAGCUUUCACAGCAUCAAGCAGUCCACAUCGCUAUGAGAGACGAGACCGGCUUUGUCCCGGAGACGUGCUCUGGGAGAAACCCCCGGCUGUCAUUGUCAUCAUUUUCUGCCACAUCACCGGAGUACUCUAAAACACUUUGUGAGCUGGGGCGAGGCCAGAGAGAGAGAGAGAGAGACUGCACCAGUCUCCCAAACCUCAGAGGGGGGGACAAUAUUCAGACCCUCAGGAUGAGAGCAGGGAUAAAGGACACUGCAGAGUUUGUAAAGUGAGAGGUUAGUGGAUCAAAAGAUGCAUGUGACCAAGCUGAGGCUGGAUCUGUGUGAAUGUACAGCACUCCAUGUUCUUUAGUGUUUGCCUGCCAUAGAGGUUCUCUGUUCUAUUCCUGCUUUUGUUUAUUUUGCUUCGUUGCAUCAGUGAGAACUUGGAGCUUGUGCCGCUGGACUGCACAGAACUGGAUUCCAACUCAGCGGACGCUGGACUCAAAUCCUACAGUGACUAAUUUGUUGUCAGAUUUAAGGGUGGUUUUUUGUUGUUGUUUUGCCGUCACAAACAACGGUCUGUUCGUAGUGUUUGUUAAUUUUGUGUUGUGCUCUCUUCUCCCGUUCUCGGUCAGCUUGGUGCAGUCGUGUUUUCAGAAAGUUUAACACAUUCCAUACUUUCUACCUGAAGAGUUUUGUUUCAGAGUAACGUGUCUGCCACAAAUACCUGACCUGCAUGUGGAUUAGUAGUGAGGUUUGCUUUCUUUCUGAAGAUUAGUUGGGAUGACUGAUUCCCCGUCAUGUGUUAACAGUUGAGCUACAGGUAGGAGGCGAUUAGCCUAGCUUAGCAUAAAGAACGGAUGCAGAGGAAACAGUUAGCCUGCCUCUCUUCUGAUGAAAAUGAAAUAUGUCUAUGAAGUAGUUACAGUACGUAACUCUCCCGCUGUCUUAAUGCUAAGUUAGGCUAAUCUUGCUAACCCUCAGAAAGUCAGUGAAUUAGCAUGCUUUCCCCACAGGUGUUCCUGUUAGAAAUGUCCUCAUGCAUUGCCCUCAAUUUUAUGAAAAAAAAAAGGUCCAAAUUAGAUGUGUAAUUUGACAAAAUAAUCUUAAACCUGCAUUAUUCAUCCCAUAAAGCUGUUGUGACGAAUGUGUUAGCAAACAGAUCAGCACAGAUCAACACAAACGUUCAAAGUUGUCUUUUCUGUCCACCAGAUGAAUGUAAAGGUCAAUAUUUGCUCUCCUCUCACUUUUUAACCUCCGGGGUAUAUUUGUCUCUUUAGCUGCUAACUGUACUCACCAGCUAAUUGCUAACUUUAUCUGUCUACAUUUUGGUGCUGAGCAGAUGGUCUACUGUUUUCAAACCAAGCUUUUUCACCGAAAACAAAACCAAAAGUGUGAGCUUAAAGACACUAAAAUGCUCUGAAGGCAUUGGAGGAACUGUGUAGGUUAGUUUGAUAUGAGGGGUCACCUCGAGUUCUUGGUGUCCUCAUCCCAUCUUACGCUUUACAUUUGACCUGCUGCAGCUUUCAGUCAAGAUCCACUUACCAGCCUUCUGUGUUGACCACAAAAUGCUGCUAAGUGGAUCUUGACUUGAGAUUAUUUUGUCAGAUGUCUGUUGAAAGGUCCGUAGUGCUUUGAAACAAAACUCUUCAGCUGAACAAAGAGACUUACUAUUGUUGCCUCUCUACCAGCAAGCCGGAUAAGGAGAAUCGCUAGCUGAGCAGAAUGCAGUAUUGUACCAGUUCUUGUACCCACCAAGUGACUUUCUGUGGUGAAGCAUGACAUCUAAGUGGGCCACACAGUAACAUUGAUUACUGGUUCUUUGUAAAUAUAUAUAUAUAUGUAUAUAUAUAUAUAAAUGCGGGAGCAGGACAUUAAAAGAUCCGGUGGAGUCGUCACAAAUAUAAACCAAAAAACACAAACCACACACUGUGAAUCUUUUGGGCACAUCAUCCACGUGAUCAGUAAUUCACAGUCCACAUUCCUACGAUACCAGUAUGCCUAACACCUGCGCGUUUUUAUGAACUGCUUUUUGAGUAAAAGUGUAUACGAACCUCAUCUUUUGGUCGCCCUGAAAUCCUGAUUUGUUGUUUUGUUUUGUUUUUUAAUCCUUUCCUGUGAAGUGUGAGCUCUGGUUGUGAGCCAACAGAAUUUCACGUGCCACUGUGACGUGAGUUGUUCUCACGUUAAACGUCUGUUGUAACGACACAGUCUGUGCAGCUGCUUCCUGAGCGCCUGGAGGGUUUUUGGGGGGUGAAAGAGCGCCUCACUCAGACGUAUUGCUGUGUGAUGUGACCUAAAACUCACAUCUCGACACACGUCGGCGAUGCUCAAGGUCGCAGUACGACACGUUUUCCAGGCCUCUUUGCUCAGGUUGAAACAGCAGUCAUUAUUGUCUUAUGUCUUCUAAAGGUUAGAGCCUCUUGCAUCGUGGCUCUUGUCUGUUGACUCUCUCCACACGGUUUAAUGUGAUUUUUGCAUAGGCAGUAAAAAUGUUGGUGGUGUUUGAGUCUGUUGUGGGUACCGGCCUGUGGCAUAGUUUGCAAAUUACCUUCAUUUGGUCCAACUUUUGACACCCAAAACACAUGUCCACCUGACAGAAGUUUGUCCCUCAGUGCUGAACGAGUGCUGGGCCGAAACGAGUGUCCGCUACAGACAAAGUACCUUUUAUUGGUCUGACUGAAGUUUAUUCAGAUUCAGGCUUAUAAAAAAGCUCAUCCUGUUCCUCUCGUGAUCUGAAGCUCAAUUCUGAGGCUGUUCUGUACAUAGUUUUCAAAUAAACAAUAAAUAUAGCUACUUCUGAUCAACCCAUAUCAGUUGCAGGCUCGAGUUAAAUCCGAGUGCAGAUGCAGAUCACCUGGCUGGACAGAUAAGGAUACAGAUGUUGAUGCACUCGCUUAUCCUGAGCUGCUCCUCUUUUAGGUUCGAGCUCCUCAUCAUGUCUCAUCUUCUCUGAGUCCUUCUGUUCAGGUUUACGUGCUUCUGUGGCACGUUCACUCUCCUGCAUGUUUGUUUGUGUUGCAUUCGUGCAAAUUUGUCAUGUUACGCAGCCCUACGCUCAAAUUAAAGUCUGGUCAUUA